AUGGGUGCUAGAGGGGCAGUGAAAAUCAUCUUCCGUGGAGGCGAUGCCAACACUCAAUUAAAGCACGAGGAAGAAUACAUCGAUGCAUUUGCCAAUCCCUUUCCUGCAGCCACAAGAGGUUUCGUUGAUGACAUUAUCGAACCUCGACAGACUCGUAUGCGCUUGUGUGCUGACCUAGAAAUGCUUGCUAACAAGGAAAUCAAGGCUCCCUGGAAGAAGCACGCCAACAUGCCUCUUUAG